AAACAUCCACACGGCAAAGGCGUGAAGGCAAGCAAGCCCUCGAUAAACUGCUUGGAAUUGAAUUUGCGGCCAGCGCAUCCCCUCAAGCUGUCCUCUGUACUCUGCUGACAGCUAGGUUAUGCUUCGUCCACCCGCUUCACUUGCCCAUCCACCACAUUCCGCCAACGUUUUACCACUGCUACGUUUGCUACCGCUUCAAACGACCUUUUUCCUAGGCUGGCUAUCGCUUGAUCGUCGUUGACGAGACCACGACCUCUCUUUUUUGUUCCUCUCACUAGGUUAUGUGAAACGACACUGGUCUCUACAACAGCUCUUAUUCCACGCACACGCAAACGCAUACACACCUCUCCCCUGAAUCAAAAAUUAUCGAAUAACUCACGAAUUCACGAAUCCACAGCCUGGCCGUUCUGGGUAGGAAGGGGCUAUUUGUUGCGGUUGUCCCUGGUUUGGCCUAUUUGCUUUUUUUCCCAGUUCCUAUUUUUCCUUUUCCAUCCCCCCUCCCCACGUUUUGUGGUGCAUACAAGUGAUCUCACCGAAAAGGGAAAGCGUAGGGCUUCAGCUGCUGAGCAACAUCAGAGAACGAAGGGCUGGGUUAGAGUUUGGGCCACACUUGCCUGUGUGUCAUCCGGGUCAGGUAAGCAGCGCCUUUUAGAGGAUAGAUAAAUACCUCCGGCUCAACCCCCCUUCAUUCCGGCCGCAUUACCCUCUCCCGCGUACAUAGACACUCCUACGACUUGGACGUUUGCAUACCGUUACGAAGAAUCAUUGUUAUUACGAACACGAUGCGUGCCAUAGUAUUUCGGUUCGUAGCAGCUAGUCUGUUUGCCGCUCUUACGAAUGCUCAGACAUUUACGGAUUGUAACCCUAUGUUGAAGACCUGCCCUCCCGAUCCUGCGCUCUCCGGAAUAUAUCAGCAUACCUAUGGCGGAGAAGCGCCCAACUUCAAGUACUUGUCGAGCAAGGAUUCCGUCAAGUAUGGUGGAAAGGAUGGAGCGGUCUUUAGAAUUGCAAAGCCAAAGGAUGCGCCGACAAUUAUUAGCAGCUUUUAUAUAAUGUGGGGUAGAUAUGAAGUUGUCCUGAAGGCGGCCCCGGGUGCCGGUAUCGUCUCUUCGAUAGUCCUCCAGUCAGAUGACCUUGACGAAAUCGAUUGGGAGUGGCUCGGCGGCAAACCUGGAGAAGCACAGUCAAAUUACUUUGGAAAGGGGAAUACCGCCACCUACGACCGUGGUGCGGUCCACCCCAUCGAUAGUCAGGCUAGGUUCCAUAAAUACGGGAUUGACUGGACUGCCGAGAAGAUUGACUGGUUGAUCGAUGACGUUGUCGUCCGUACCCUUAAGCCCAGCCAGGUCAAGGGUGACUUUUACCCCCAGACUCCCAUGACUGCUAGAAUCGGAUCAUGGGCAGGUGGAGAUCCCGACAAUGAGCAAGGCGUUAUUGACUGGUCCGGAGGACCAACCGAUUUUACCAAGGGACCCUUUGACAUGUUCGUCCAGAGCAUCUACGUUCGGGACUACUCCACGGGAAAGGAAUACAUCUACACUGAUAAGUCUGGAUCCGCCGCCUCUAUCAAGUCCAACGGUGGCAGCAUAAUGGGAGGGGGGGCCAACCCGGGAACCCCCAACCUGUCAUCAUCCUCGUCCGCGGCCCUAUCAUCUGGCUCCUCCGGCUCUUUCAACGCCCCAUCCAACAGCGGCCGCCUCUCCUCAACAGCUAGCAAAAGCCACCCAAAAAUCACCCUCGCCAUCCUUGCAGCCACCCUCGCCGCCAUCUGGUUCUACUGAAACCCUUUCCACAGUUACGCGUGGGGCAGAUCUCACUGCCACUGGAAACUCUACUGGACCCGCGGCACCAACAACCACUGGACCCAAUCUAUCUGCGAACACUGGUGUGCCUGUUGCUAAUGGGUCUGCUAAAACCCCCAUUGUUGCGGGGAUAGCAGUGGCAUUUGCAGGGGUGGUUUCUGGGUGGCUUUUGUAGAUUUUUUCAUCUAGGGUUUCUAUUAUUAAUUAACUAGGGAUAGAAUUUGGUUUUAACUUUUUCCUCCCCUUUUCAUGUUUUAUUUUAUCGGGAUGGCAUGGGUGUUUUUUCUUUUUCUUUUUCUUUUUCUUUACUCUCCUUUGUCCGUUGGCAUCCUAUUUCCUAUCACGAAUGAAGGUUAUGCAUAGCGAAUGAUUUUUAUUUUUGCAUGAGGUUUGUUUUCAAUUUCCUCCUCUUGCUCUCUUUUUAUUACAUAUCCUCUCGAUUGUAGUGGUUGUAGCGCACGAUUAUCUAUGUGGGCUGUGGCAUAAAUAGUGAAUGUAUUCUAUAUGAUUUAAGAUGAAGAUAAAGAUGGGGGUUAAUGUCGGGGGUUUUGGAAAUCUUGGGGGACUUAGUUGCGAUGUCUGGGGUUUAAUACGAAGGUGGCGAAGUUGAAGUCG